GUGAACAAUUAAUUGAUAAAAAUAGUUUGGAAAAAUUACCGAUAUUUACUGAGACCUACUAUGCCGUACAAAAUCGGAAAAGCGGUCGAUGGCUAGUUUGGUUGCCGACUACGGGAACAGCCUACGAAAGGCCAAACAAGUCGUGCAAUAUAUUACAUCAUCGGUUAGAUCCGAUGGACCAUUUAGGUUGGGUUAAUAUGAGACAUGGACUCAAUUCACAUUAUAUUAAGUUAGCCAGAUCAGAUUACCAUGGCUACUAUUUUAUCUACAAUAAAGAUUGUAGUUUUGGUGAUUAUCCUAACCGUGAGACUAAAGACAAUCAAAUACAAUGUCUAAAACCGUCACCAGAAUUCAACUAUAGUGGACAUCCUGAAUAUAACUGGCUAUUUGUUGAACGACAACAACAAUUGACACCAUCACCGGCUCCGGUACAUCAAUUGGAUAGACAAGUAGAUGAUCAUCAUAAUCAUGUUGCCUACCUGGCCACUAUUGCAAUAUUAGCUGUUAGCUUAGUGGCAUCAGUUAUAUUUAUAGUGCUGUUAUAUUAUUGGAAAUAUCAUAAAAGUCAGUCAUAUAAUAGCUAUGGACAUCAUAUUUAUCAUAUUAAAGCUAAUGUUAUUGACGGUGAUGGUGAUGAUAAUAAUAAUGGACAUGGAUAA